ACAAACAGCAGCAGCAAGAGUACAUACUGUCCAUUUCGUCAGCUUGUAUUGUACACACUGAUAACAAACUAUGAACCAAUUCUACACUACAUACUAAUGCUAAGCAGGUUUUCGAGUAUUUUGUAAAAAUGACAAAACUAUGUAUUAGAGAUGAAAAGAGUAGUCGUGGUUUCUUCUCCCUAAUGUGCAAAACAAACCGAACCAAAACCCUGACCCAAAACUGCAGUACAAACCAAACCGUGGGCUUGUUGAAGCGUUGCACCACUACUAUUUAGUAUGGAGUUGGGACACAACAGUAGACAUUAAAUUCAUGCGUGUGUCCUUUGUAGAUCUUUUGUUUCAGACAUUUCAUCAAAUGCAAAUGAGACUUUUUCAAGUGAUUAGUUUCGGUAACGUCCUCGAAAUGAGAACCAAAAACAGAAUUGAACAGUUGUAGAGAUGAAGAGAUCCACUCCUCUGAUGAUUGUGAGAUUUCCAUGAAAACACUUUGGACACAGAAGAUGAUGACUUGUUCAAGGUCAUGUUACGUUUAGACAACACAGUUUGAUAUUUUCUUUGAAAAGACAAAAACACCCGUACUGUUUUGCUCUCAUCAGAGGUCACAGUAAAGUGUUGCCUGUUGUUCAGCCCCCCAGAGUAGUUAACAUCCAUUUUCUAAAAUGCCAGCCCUCUUGAGAAGUGGAUUUGCAGCAUUAUGUGAAUAUAUCUCCUUUUAUAUCAGUUUCUCUUUGUAUCUAUGUGUUUUUUGAACCAAUGCAUCUGAGGCUAAUUACCAUGACUAAUAUGUUUUGGUUUAUUUUCGGCUUAUCUCCUUUUUAUUAUGGGGUGUGUGUAGUUUAAAACUCCUGAGGGAAAAAGAGUAAAGGUCAUGGUGUACUCACAGCGCAGACACACCAUACAGUACAACAAUCUUCUCAAAUCAUCCAUCAGAGUUCGGGACAUUCGGCCUCCAGCCGGAGAACAUCAUGCUGCUGAACCGCUCAGUGCCUCACCCGCGCAUCAAGCUCAUUGACUUCGGCCUGGCACACAAGAUCGAUUUUGGCAAUGAUUUUAAAAACAUUUUUGGAACUCCAGAAUUUGUAGCUCCAGAAGUAGUCAACUAUGAACCUUUGGGCCUGGAGGCAGACAUGUGGAGUGUCGGUGUGAUAACCUACAUCCUUCUGAGUGGUGCGUCUCCUUUCCUGGGCGACAACAAGCAGGAGACUCUGGCCAACGUGUCGGCCGUCGACUACACGUUCGACGAGGAGUUCUUCAACAGUACCAGCAUCCUGGCCAAAGACUUCAUAGCAAGGCUCCUUGUCAAAGACCCCAAAAAGAGAAUGACGAUUCAGGAUAGCCUCCUGCACCCCUGGAUCAAGCCAAAAGACACUCAACAAGCACUGAGCAGAAAGGAGUCGGCUGUCAACAUGGAGAAGUUCAAGAAGUUUGCAGCUCGAAGGAAAUGGAAACAAUCCGUCCGACUCAUCUCCUUAUGCAACCGCCUGUCCCGCUCCUUCCUGUCCAGAAGCAACAUAAGUGUGGCGCGCAGCGACGACACGUUGGAUGAGGAAGACUCCUUUGUGAUGAAGGCCAUCAUCCACGCCAUAAACGACGACAACGUGCCCGGUCUGCAGCAUCUGCUCGGCUCUUUGAACAGUUACGACGUCAACCAGCCCAACAAGCAUGGGACUCCUCCCCUCCUGAUUGCAGCCGGCUGUGGCAACAUUCAGAUCAUCGAGGUGCUGAUGAGGAAAGGAGCAGAGAUCAAGGCCCAUGAUAAGAGCGGAGCCAACGCUAUCUACUACGCAGCGAGACACGGCCACGUCGAGACCCUGAAAUUCCUCCAUGAAAAGAAAUGCCCUCUGGAUGUCCAAGAUAAGUCCGGUGAGACUGCUCUUCACGUGGCGGCUCGUUACGGCAACGUGGAUGUGGUGAGCUACCUGUGCAGCAUCCGGGCCAACCCAGACCUGGCUGACAGGGAGCAGGAGACCCCGCUGCAUUGCGCUGCGUGGCACGGAUACUCGCCAGUAGCCAGAGCGCUCUGCCAGGCAGGCUGCCACGUGGACGCCAAGAACCGUGAGGGGGAGAGUCCGCUGCUGACUGCAUCUGCUCGGGGCUUCUCGGACAUCGUGGAGUGCCUGGUGGAGCAUAGGGCCGAUCUAGAGGCGACUGACAAGGACGGCCACACGGCGCUCCACCUGGCUGUACGGAGGUGUCAGGUUGAAGUGGUCCGCUGCCUCCUCAGACACCACUGCCACCUGGACCAGCAGGAUCGCCAUGGCAACACGCCGCUGCACAUCGCCUGUAAAGACGGAAACCUGCCCGUCGUCACGGCGAUCUGCAACGCCAAGGCCAACCUCGACCUCCCCAAUAAGUAUGGCAGAACUCCCCUCCACCUGGCUGCUAACAACGGGAGCCUUGAGGUUGUCCGUCACCUCUGCCUGGCUGGAGCCAAUAUCGACGCCGUCACCAACGAUGGAAAGACAGCAGAGGAUUUGGCUCAUACUGAUCAACAUGAACUCAUCGUCUCUUUGUUGGGAAAGCUUAAAAAGGACAACCACAAACUGAGCUACAUCCAGCAGCUGCGGCCAACUCAAACCGUCCAGCCCAGGAUCAAGCUGAAGCUGUUCGGACACUCCGGAGCCGGGAAGAGCACCCUGCUGGAGUCUCUGAAAUGUGGCAUCCUGCGCAGCUUCUUCAGGAGGAAGAGGACACGCAUGACCAACACCACCCGCCACCCCAACUCCCCCGUCAACUCCAAACCUGCCGUGUCGGCGAGCAUUUCCAACCUGUACCCGGGCUGUGAGAAUGUGAGCGUGCGGAGUCGCAGCAUGAUGUUUGAGCCCAGCCUGACUAAAGGAGUCCUGGAGGUCUUCUCCCCCGUCACCAACGCUCUGUCCACGGCUGACGACCAGGCCACAAAGGCCAUCGACAUCCAGCACGGUAACAUCCACGGCGUCGGGGAGUUCAGCGUGUGGGAGUUUUCGGGGAACCCGGUCUAUUACUGCUCCUACGACUAUUUUGCAGCCAACGACACCACAGCGAUCCACCUGGUCCUGUUCAGCCUGGAGGAGCCGUACGAGACCCAGCUGGGCCACAUCACCUACUGGCUGAACCUGCUGAAAGCCCUCAACCUGCCACAGGAAAACAUCUCCUUCGGAGGUCGGGUCCAGCAGCCUCUCGAGGUCGUUCUGGUGGCGACGCACGCCGACCUCGCUGACGUCCCCAGAGCUUUUUCUGGAGAGUUCACCUACGACAAGGAGAAGGCUCUGCUCAAGGAAGUCAGGAACAGGUUUGGGGUCGACCUGCAGAUCAGUGACAAGUUCUUUGUGAUGGACGCCGGAGGCUCAAACUCAAAAGAAGUGAAGCUGCUGAGGAGUCACCUGCAGGAACUUCGCGCCAGCAUCAUCUCUAGGUGUAGUCCCAUGACGCUGCUGUCGGAGCGCUUGCUGACCACCCUGCCGACCUGGAGGAAGCUGAGCGGACCCAACCAGCUGACGUCGUGGCAGCAGUUUGUGAGCGACGUCCAGGAGCACAUCAACCCUCUGGUCAGCCAGGAUCACCUCCGCACGCUGGCCCUGCAGCUGCACAGCAUGGGGGAGAUCAACAUCAUGCAGAGUGAGACGGUGCAGGAUGUCGUCCUGCUGGAGCCUCGUUGGCUUUGCAGCAACGUCCUCGCCAAGCUGCUCUCUGUGGAGACGCCCAAGGCCAUCCACCACUACAGGGGGCGCUACAGGCUGGAGGAGGUGCAGGCUCUGGCUCCGGAGAGCGACGUGGACGAGCUGCUGCAGAUCCUGGACGCCAUGGACGUCUGCGCCCGCGACGCCACCAACCCCGCCAUGGUGGAUGUUCCCGCCCUCAUCAAGACAAACGGCCUCCACCGCUCCUGGACGGAAGAGGAGGAGGAGGAGUCGAUGCUCUACGGCGGGGUACGACUCGUCCCCGCGGAGCACCUGACCCCGUUCCCCUGUGGCCUGUUUCACAAACUGCAGGUGAACCUGUGUCGAUGGAGCCACCAGCAGAAGCCCGAGGAGGACGGCGGGGAGGAUUUCGAUGGCGAUAUCCACCUGUGGACCAACGGAGCCAAGGUGAGCCAGGGAGCAGUAGAGGCUAUGAUCCUGCUGGUCAACCACGGCCAGGGCGUGGAGAUUCAGGUACGCGGGCACGAAUCAGAGCGGGCCAAGUGCUACACCCUGUUGGACACAGCCUGUAGCAUAACGGAGAACCUGCUGGCCUCCACGCUGCCCGGACUGCUCACAGCCAAAUACUACCUGAGUCCUCAGCAGCUGCGGGAGCACCACGCCCCCAUCAUGAUCUACCAACCCAAAGAUUUCUUCCGGGCCCAAGUCCAGCGGGAGAACUCGCUCACCAACACCAUGGGCGGCUACCGAGAGAGCUUCAGCAGCAUCCUGUCUUUCGGCUGCGCUGAAGUUUACCAGCAGGGGACUCUGGGAACGGACAUCCACAUAUCAGACGUCCCCCUGUUGGCUCGAAGGAAGCUCUGCCGCAUGCUGGACCCUCCUGACGCUCUGGGGAAAGACUGGUGCCUGCUCGCCAUGAACCUCGGCCUCACAGACUUGGUGGCCAAACACAGCAAUGGGACUCCAAAUGGCACCCCUGAGCUGGACUCGGACCCGGACUCCCAGCAGGCCGUGCUGCCGCCCAGCCCGACGGCGGCGCUGCUGCGGGAGUGGAGCGGGCGAGCGGAUAGCACGGUGGGCGUGCUGAUGGCCAAACUGAGGGAGCUCGGCCGCCGAGACGCCGCCGACUUCCUGCUCAAAGCUUCGCCUGUUUUCAGGGUCAACAUGGAAGCGGUGGUCGGGGCCGCCAACGGCUACCCUCCCGCCUGCAACGGUGGCACAUCGUACAACUCCAUCAGCUCCGUCAUCUCCCGCUGAACUGAACGGGAUCGGCUUUCUGUCCUCGCCAAAACGUCAGAUAGUCUGAUUUCCCCUGAAACAGGACGUGUGUGUGAAUGAACAUGAAGUGCAAUCGUUCAGCUGCUCGCUCCUUAAUCACUCCAUUAAGUCGGCGUAUGAACCAGAUGUUGUGUUUGUGCUCUCCACACCUGUACAGCUGACCUUUCCUUCCACUAUGAAUGUUGUGAAAGAGCUGAUUGUCCUGAGCUCCAAAGAGGAAUCCUGUGCUUUUAUUCUGUUCUUAAUCUUGUUGUGCUGCUUAUUUAAUAUCCCUCCUACUCUACUGCACACUUAAGUCUCACUCAUCUUACAGCUAAAACACAGAAAAGCUACAUUUUUAAAAUCAACUCUACGUGAAGGGAUGAUUAAAAAGGUGGCAGCCUCGUGUUUGGACCUUUUUUCAUAUCCAAGUGAAAACUGAGGACAUGCCAUCUUUACUCCAUCCGUCACAGUUGCAUAUAAUAUUAUCUCCCUCCUUGCUUCUGUUUGACAUUUGGGGCCGUUCAGCUUAGUGUUUAAUAAAUUAACAGCAUUUUUCAGAGUGCCUUUGUGGCUUUCUACCUCCCUAAAGAGCACAAAUAGUCUUGUUCUUAUAUAAAAACAGUAGUUCUUUCCAAACAUUUGAAGAACUGUGCCUUGUUGACACUAAUAGGACAAUUAAUUUCAAUUAAGUCUACAGUCUUAAAAUUGAAAAAGCUUACAUUUCAGACCGGAAAAAGGAAACAAAAGCUCGGCUCACGUUACGACUACAUUUUACCGGCAGAAACAAACAGAAAGCUGAAAUCGAUCUGUUUUCUGUUUAGUGUUUGGGAGUCGCUGCAGGAGAUGAAACAUCUUAUUAGAGUCAGUGUGGAGACGAUGGGACGCUCUGUGGGGAAACAACGUCAUUCAUGUUUAGUUGAUGCAUUUGUGGGUUCGUACAGAUUAACUUCUUGGAAGCGUUAUUUCUUCAUUCAUCCAA